GCGCUCACCAAGCACUUCAAGGGCGUUGGUGACUGUCUCCCUGGAGCUGAUGCCAUCCUCCAGGCUCUGGUUGCUUCGUCCAGUGCGGUCAAGCAGGCGGAGCUCGACAAGCCGAACGCUGGGGUGCAGGCCCCGGCAGUCCAGAAGCAGCUCCUUUCCAAGGAGAAGGAGCUGUUGCAGGUUACGGAUUCUAUCGAAUACCAUCGCAAGCGUGGCGAGGAGCUGCGGACAAGGUCCGCUCAGAUCGGCACGGAGAUCGAGCAGCUUCGUGUGCGAUAUCGCGAGCUCUCCGCCAAGGUGGCUCCUCCCGGUGAAGACCCAGGUGCUGAGGUCGACAUCGCGAAGUUCAAGGACACUUUCUCGGCCAUGGACGUGUUCUUGGGUCAGGCCGCAGAGGCUGUGCAGAAGGAGGGCCUCGACGACCUCCAUGCGCAGUGCGUUGCAGAGAAGAAGCGCAGGUUGGAGAUGGUGGAGGCCGUGGCCAGCAGGUGCGUUGCAGGUGUUGUUCAGCGGCCGGGACAGCCGAAGUUCUUAGUUGCCAGCAUCUACUUGCACGACUGCGAGCAGAUGAGCGAUGACAACGUUGCCAUCCUCUCGGAUGCCAUGUCGUUCCUGGGGCACUCGGGCCUGCCGUUCGCGAUGGGCGGGGAUUUCAACCCGGCUCCCGAAGUGCUCCUGGGCAAUGGGAUUCCCGAGCCCCUGCGAGGUUCACUGGUGUCGGCGCCUGGGGAUCGACGGUCUUUGACGGGCCCCAACGGCACCAAGCACUAUGACUAUUUCCUGGUUUCUGGUGGCUUGAGCAAAUGCGUAAAGGAGGUCUCUCUGGUCGAGGAGGCCGCCACUUAUCCUCACUUGCCUGUGUGUCUGGAGUUCCACAAGUCGCUCAGCACUCUGAGGGCCCUCAGGUUUCGCAAGCCUCCGAAGAUCCCCGUCGAGCCUGCCAUGGGACCCGUGGCGCAGCCGCCCGAUUGGUCUCAGGCCCUGGAGAUUUGGGAUUUUACUUUGGAAAGUGCUGUCUCUGGGAGGCUGCAGGAGGCUUUCUCGGGGCUGGACUCGGCCUACGAAGUGUGGGCCAACCUCAGCGAGGUCGAACUUGUCGCAUCGACGCAGUCGACCAUCCCAGUUUUUGGCACACGCGGACGCAGGCCCAGGUGCGAGCGGCACGAUCCGCUCACCAUCGACACCAGGGCCGCGCCGCCGUCAGCGCAGCAGUCGGUCAAUUUCUUUGUUGCGCAGUUGCGCGCUUUGAUCGGGCACCUCGGCGCGGGCGACCCCGUCGAGCACCCGGCCGUGCAGUCGAUUGUAGGAUUUGGGAGCGUAGCCAGCGCUCUGAGCUGCGUGCCAGUCUUGUGGACCCUUGGGUGCCUGAAGCCUCCAAGGCUCGCCAAGCUGGCGAGUCCGUGCAGCGGCCCUCCUGUCAACAAGGUCGCCGAGGUGCUGCGACAGGGCGCCGAAGGCGCCGACGACGACGGCCAGGCCGAG